GGGGACCAGAGGCAGAGAACAGUACGGCACGGCCUUUUUAUAUUUCGUAUGAGCACAACGCAUUGAUCUGUAAAGAUGUGGACGGGUAUAGGGAAACUGCUACUUUUACAUAUGAUACUCGUGGGAUUUCUUCUGGUAUACGGGACUACGCCGGACUGUGAAAGCGGCCAGUUUCAGUGCAGAAACGGCAGGUGCAUUCCGACUCCGUGGAGAUGUGAUGACGAUGACGACUGCUCGGACAACAGCGACGAGGAGAACUGCCCAAAAAAGACCUGUGCCACAACAGACUUUGCCUGUAAGAAUGGGCAGUGUGUCCCAGCCCGCUGGAGGUGUGAUGGAGAACCUGAGUGUCCAGACGAGUCGGAUGAAGCAGACUCCACCUGCAGUCAACAGACAUGUCCACCAGAGAAGUUUGACUGUGGUGGCUCGACCAGCAAGUGUGUGUCGUUGUCAUGGCGCUGUGAUGGAGAAAGGGACUGUGAAAAUGGAGCAGAUGAGGAGCAGUGUGCCGCAGCUCUGCUGACUUGCCGUCCUGAUGAGUUCCAGUGUGGAGAUGGCUCCUGCAUUCAUGGCACUAAACAGUGUAACAAAGUCCACGACUGUCCAGAUUUCAGUGAUGAGGCUGGCUGCAUCAACAAAACUCUGAAUGAAUGUUCCAACAACAACGGAGGCUGCUCUCACAUAUGUAAGGACCAGCGGAUCGGCUAUGAGUGUGAAUGCCCCCCAGGCUACAAGCUGCUGGACAAGAACACUUGUGGAGACAUAGAUGAAUGUGAGAACCCUGACACCUGCAGUCAAAGAUGUAUCAACCUCAAAGGUGACUACAAAUGUGAAUGCUACGAGGGCUAUGAGAUGGACCCAGUUACCAAGACUUGCAAAGCAGUGGCUGGUAAAAGCCCAUACCUCAUGUUCACUAACCGCCAUGAGAUCCGUCGCAUUGAUCUGUUGAAGAAGGACUAUACACAGGUAGUGCCGACCCUGAAAAACGCUGUAGCUCUAGAUGUGGAUGUUACCACCAACAAGAUGUAUUGGUGUGACCUCUUCCAUCGCAAAAUCUACAGUGCAUAUAUCAACAAAGCCAGCGAUUCUUCUCAACAGAUCACACUCAUCGACACUGCACUUCAAUCCCCAGAGGGCUUAGCAGUUGACUGGGUCCAUAAGAACAUCUACUGGACCGACUCUGGGCACAAGAUUAUCUCUGUUGCAACUGGCGAUGGCAAGAAGAGGAAGGUGUUGAUUGACACUGAGCUCAUUGAACCACGAGCAAUCGCUGUAGACCCAAGACAAGGUUUCAUGUACUGGUCAGAUUGGGGAACGCAGGCCAAGAUUGAGAAAGCCGGAAUGAACGGAGUAGAUCGACAGGUUCUGGUUUCAGAGAGGAUCGAGUGGCCCAACGGGAUUGCGCUUGACUUGUCCAGCAGGCGACUUUACUGGGUAGACUCCAAACUUCAUUUGAUCUCCAGUGUGGACCUGAACGGAGACAACCGCAGAGUCUUACUCUCCUCAAUGGAUCAUCUAGGUCAUCCCUUUGCCCUCACUUUGUUUGAGGACCGGGUGUACUGGACAGAUCUGGAGGAUGAGGCCAUCUACAGUGUAAACCGGCUGACGGGGCAUGAUGUUGCAAUGCUGGCUCAGCAUCUCAACAACCCACUGGAUGUAGUGGUGUUCCACGAGCUCCGGCAGCCUACAGCUCCGGACAAUUGUAACAUGGGGAGUUUGCCCAAUGGAGGCUGUGAGUAUCUGUGUCUCAGAGCUCCUCAGAUCACAGAUCACUCACCUAAGUACACAUGUGCCUGUCCAGACAGCAUGGAACUGGGCCCAGACAUGCGUCGCUGUUACAGGAAUGGAAAUGACCACUUCGUCCUCGGUAACAAUAUAACUGUUGCAGUUCUGGGUAUAGUUAUUCCAAUAGUGGUCAUCGGCCUGAUGUGUACUGGAGGAUACCUGGUGUGGCGCAACUGGAGGAGGCGGAACACCAAGAGCAUGAACUUCGACAACCCUGUUUACCGCAAGACCACAGAGGACGAUGACGACGAAAUCCACAUCGGCCGCAACGAACAGAUCGGACACGUUUAUCCUGCUCGCGUGGCGCUCAGUCUGGACGAUGACGGAUUCCCCUGA